AUGUUCGUCACGCGCCCGUCUUCGUCGCUCCCAUUGUUCGCUCACCCCCCUCCCCUCUUCCUCCCUUCUUCCCCUCCAUACCCUGCCAUGCGCCAACUUCUCCGCACCAAUCUCCGCGUGCCUGCUGCGCGUAACGGUGCUGCAGAUCCGGCUGGCGCUGAUGAUCGAGGUACCACGCGAGGCGGUUCGGCGGCCGCAGAUGGGCAUGGCGGGUGCUCUCACUACGAUUCUGCCGACGCCUUCCUAGAGUUUUACCUUUUUCAAGUUUCAACCCCUCUCUCUUCUCCAUCCCCGCGCCACCCAUGUGACAUUGAUCACAACAAUGUGUGCACACAUUGUGCACAAUCCUCUCCCCUUGGCCUCCCCGCCUCUUCCCCUCUGCGCCAUCCCCGCCCUUUACCUCCCUCUCCUUUCUCCCCUCCCCCCUUUCCCUUCUUCCCCCCUACAGCCUGUAGAGUGCUGCAGGUGCGCGAGGGCAUUAUGCCAGCAUACGGCAUGGUUCUGCGGAAGCUUGACCUCCCAUGUGACCCACACGUCCUCCUUCCUAACCUGCCCUUCUUCUCCCCACCAGUGCCUCCCUUCCCUCCGUCUCACUUCGCCUUUUCCCUCGUUUUUCCCCCCGUCCCUCACAGUGCAGCCUGUCUCGUGCCUUCACUCUCAGCCCAUCUCCCCCCGUCCUUUUCUACCCAUAAUCUCAUUUCCGCCUCUGCCAUCUUUUCCUACUCGCCACCCUCCCUUCCCCCCCCUUCCGUAUGCGCUGUUUCUCCCGACUCUCACCCGUGCUGCUCCCACUUACCUCCUCGCCUCGUGUUUAUCACUUCCCCCCUCACACGCCCCUUGUAA